UUACAAUCGAGUGAAGAUAUUCCCUGGAGCAGCAAAUUAUGAAGGUAUUGCUUUUAAUCACAUCAAUCCUAUUCGUCCCACUGACAAUGGGAACAAACAACAACUUUUGUAAACAUACUCCCGCUCCAGUGGUUCAGCUUAAAAGCUUCACUCUCACAAGCUCUUGUAGCGGUGCACCUGGGCAAAAACUCGACAUUGAUGUAUCCAGUUCAAAGGUUCCCUUUUGUAUGAAAGGCGUUUUUCACAUCACUGGGAAAAAUCCAGGCCAGUUUUCUCUUGUGUACGCGGCAAGUGUCUCUGGGAAAAUCAUGGGUUUCAUCAAUUACUACAAAGACCUCCCGCUUUGCAGCGAUCCAGUCGGUGGGAAAUCAUGUUACAUGAGCGUUGACUGCCGUAAAGUGAAAGAGCUUCUUGGAGAUCCAAACGUACCUGGUGUAAACCAAAAGUGCAUCUUAGAAACUGGUGACGUAAGCUUUGUAAUCAUGACCAGUAUGGAUGGACCUAUGCCGAUUCCCUCAUCUGUUCUAGGCGCGUUAUCUAAUACCAGAGUAAGCUCUGAGAUCGACGUUACAGACGUUCACCUGAAGAAUGUUCACGUCAAGGUUGCAUGUAUCAGCCAAGACAUGGAAGUUAAGUUAAAGGGUUAAGGCCUUAAAAUUGUCAGAAGCUGUAGAGAGCACAGAGCUUUUGAAACAAAGACGUG